GCAGCAGAGCAUAAACAAAGGAGCGGAGCGAAAAAGGCGAAGACACCGGCGCAUAGUGAUGACGCAAAAUACGCCCGCACUUUGCGACUCACUGCCAGUUUUUCGUGGGGGGACUAAUUCGGCCCUGAAACGCUAACAGCAGAACAUAUUUAAAACACUUCAACAAAAUGUCUUUCGUCGACCAGGACUCUUCGGAAGUUGGACCAGCGGGGGAGUCGAAGUUGGAGAGCUUCUUGUUCAGCUGUGAAUUAUCAUCUAAAGUACCAUUCUACACUUUCCAAGGCGACGAAGAGGAGGACCUGGAGCACUUUCUUGAACUCAGAACAAUUUGUCUUGGAGAGGGGGCCAAAGAGGAGAGCAAUGUGGUGGAAGUGUCAGCCAUGAACCACCAAGGAAAGACCAUUUCAGUGCCCAUUGCCUGCCUCCACAUGAAGUCUCUUCCCAUGGUCAGCCUGGGUGAGUUCGAGUUGAAAGCUCCAGUGACCAUCCGGCUCAAUUCUGGGACGGGACCGGUUAUUGUCAGCGGGCUGCACCUGAUAGCCUCUCAGGCGGAAGACUCAGAUCUGUUUGAGGAUGAGGAAGACGACGAUGAGGAGGACGAGGAAGAGAUGCCUGCUUCUAAACCAGCCAAAAAGAAGCAGAAGCAAUAGGCAGAGGAUUUUUGUACUCUCUCACUUGUUGACAUGUUAGGAGAAGCAUGGGUUUUGGGUGGGCUUGGGGGGUUUCUUAAGAGAUGGACAAAUUGUACAACGUUUUCCACACAACCAGGCGAAAGUUCAGGAUGCUAGCAGCUAAACCUGCCAUAAGGGGGAUCACACCGGGUUCAGAUGUUUUCCUCGACCCACCUUUCAGCUUCCCUGCGAGCUCAGCUUUUGUCUCUGUUGAUAAGACGUUUUCUUGUACAAGACCGUUUGACUCAAAUGUGUGUGAUACAGACCGAAAUGUCUUGGUUUUACAGCACAAGAAGCAGGGGAAGUGUCUUUUACCACCACUGGGUUGUUUAAAGAUCAAAACAUUUUGUAUACUCCUGUCAGGAAAGAUGAAUAUUACUCAUUCAAACUGAAUGAUACAAUCAGAUGUUUUUAUAAGCACCUAAUUAAAUGUGUCUCAUAUUUCCAGUGGUUUGUUUGCCAUGUUAUACCUGUUGGGAUGUUUGUUUGUAAGGUUUGCACAUAAAAUUAAUGCAUGAAGAAAAAAAGGCUUUCCACUUUUUGAGUUUUUAAGAAGA